AUGGCAUUUAUCUUGGCCGUACUAUCCAUCUACUGGGGCGUCUUCUUCCAAGUGCAACACCGACUGAACCAUCUAAUCGUCUAUGUUGUCGAUUUCGAUGGCCUAUCUCCUUACAACACCAAUCCGCCGCUCGUUGGACCCACCAUAACACAGAUGACCCAGCAGAUGCUCACUUCAGGCGAACCUACCCUGGGUUUCAGUGUCCGAUCUCCUUCAGAGUUCAACAACGACCCGAUCCAAGUGAGACAAGCAAUCUACAACUUCGAUGCGUGGGCUGCAAUCAUCAUCAAUCCGAACGCGACCUCCCUGCUCUACUCCGCUAUCUCAACGGGCAACACUUCCUACGAUCCGCUGGGCGCAUGCCAACUGGUAUAUCAGGACUCACGGGACGAUACCAAUUGGUACGAUUUCAUACUGCCAAUCAUCAGCGCCUACAUGACGCAGGCCCAAAGCAUGGUCGGCACGCAAUGGGCGCAAACUGCUCUACAAAAUGCAUCCGAUACUGAAACUCUGCGGAACAUACAAGCCGUCCCACAAGCCAUAAAUCCCGCGAUUGGAUUCUCCGAGUUCAAUCUCAGGCCUUUCUACCCAUACACCGGUAUCCCGGCGGUGUCGAUCGGACUCAUCUACCUAAUCAUCAUAUCCUUCUUUAGCUUCUCCUUCUACCUGCCCAUUCACAUGCAGUACCUCAACCCCAAGGGACACCCACCGCUGAAGUUCUACCAGCUAAUCAUCUGGCGAUGGUGCGCUACGAUAAGCGCGUACGUCUUCCUAUCGCUCGCCUACUCGUUCGUCUCCAUAGCGUUCCAGAUCAAUUUCACGCGCGCCAACCCGGUACAGUCCGAGACCCAGGUCACUGACAUAGCGUACGGAAAUCCACCGGCUUAUGGAAACGGGACGUUCCCUGUGUACUGGAUGCUCAACUUCUUCGGUAUGAUCGCGUUGGGACUUGCGUGCGAGAAUGUCGCGAUGAUCGUUGGUGCGCCCUGGAUGGGUUGUUGGCUCAUCUUCUGGGUCAUCACGAACGUGUCGACGGCGUUUUAUGACAUCGAGAUAGCGCCUUCGUUCUAUCGAUGGGGUUAUGCUUGGCCUCUGCACUCUGUUGUGGAAGGCAGUCGACAGAUAUUGUUCAACCUGCAUCCGCGCAUUGGGCUGGACUUCGGUAUUUUGAUUGCAUGGGGCGCAGCCAACACCGCAUUCUUCCCCGUUUGCUGUUGGUUCCAGCGCUGGAAGAGCAAGAAACAUGUCACCGAAUAUUGGGUUGCAGACUAA